AUGGCUGUUGUAGUCGGUAUAAUGCUUGACUUCGCAUCUGCCGCUGUGGUCCCUCGCCAGAGCCAGCCGUUGGACCCCUUCACACCGAUUGAUCCUCAAAACUGGGUCAACCCUGACAACAUGACUUGGAAUGAUUACAAGGCACCGCCAACGACGAAUUGGGCCGAUCCGGCACGCAAAGGCAGAGACCGAAACUUCAAUAUCGCCAUGGUGGCCAUAGACUACCCAGACUCUCCCUUUGUCGUCACCCUACCGGCUCAGUCGGAUAUAUUCGGUAACCCGCAGCCUCUUGCUGCUGGCCUAAAACGUGAAGACGUGCCAAAGUUCUACCACGAUCUUCUCAACGUACCCAGCGAGCUCAACGAAGGUCACACGCUCCACGAAUACUGGAUGGGCGACUCUUUCGGAAAAUAUGGUGUCGAUCUGACUGUUUUCGGCCCAUACCGCAUGCCCGCGAGAAGCUAUCAGUAUGGAGUUGAUGAUGAAGAAGGCGGGUUUAACGAAGGUGCCUGUCCAGAAGGACCGCCAUGCUCGGUAGAUCUCAGAACUGAUGCUCUUGGAGCAUGGCGUGCGGACGUUGGAAACGAGACAGCAAACGCAUACGAGUUGGCCUUCAUUCUCUCCGCCGGCCAGGACGAGUCGUCGACAUGGCAGGAAUUCGGUGAGAUGAAAUUCCUCUCCAAGGAAGAUGUCCCAGAAGAGUUCGGGCCACCAGACAACUCGUCACUACCGAACUGGGCUAGUACGCGCUACGUCGACUGGUCAUCAUGGGCGGCAGCUUCCACCAUCUGGCCAAACGCCGGUGGCGGUUCCUCCACGCAAGGUGAAUCGAGUGGGAUGGCUACGUUUGCUCACGAGUUGUCGCACUUGCUUGGUAUUGGCGACAAUUACAACAACCCGUUCAGCAACCCUCCCCGAAGGUCAUACACUGGUCCCUGGAGCAUGCUCUCUCGAGGCAGUUUUAAUGGACCCGGAGGGCCGCAUACUCGUUGGCAGAUACCACCCGUGCAAGGAGCGUCUAUGGGAUCGCUACAUACUAUGCGUGAUAAGCAUCAGAUUGGGCUCAUCGACACUACCCCAAUCCUGCAAAUCUCCAGCUCUGGUCUCGCCACUUCCGGCCCGGUUGUCGCGCAGAUAAAGGCUCGCUCUGUUGACCCAGUGAACAGCUUGAUGGGGUUCAAUAUCUCCUUGGGCGCUGCUGGUGAUCUCGCGCCGCCAUGCAAUGCGUCUCUUGACGCUUUGUGUGACGGACGUGGCUACAACAACUACAACUUGGAAGUGGUUCAGCGCCUUGGUGCUGACUCCUUCUGCCCCGACUCCGGCGUCAUGAUCAGCAAGACGAAGAACAGCGAUCGUGUACAACCUUUCCAAUGGACGAUUGAUGCAAACCCACAGGACGCACGUCAGAUCGACUUCUAUCUCCCGAAUGGAACCGCAAGGUACUGGACAAUCGGUGAUUACAGGCAACUAGUUGAUGCGUUGUUCCAUGCGGGAACAAAUUCCGGCUCAGAGUACGAGUACAUUGAUGAGGCGAACAACCUGCAUCUGUAUAUUCUUGAAAAGGUCAAAGACAAUACUGGAGUAUUGCACUACACUGUAGGAGUUGCUUCGACAGCGACAAACCAGACUACAUCCGCUCAAUAUGGUAUUGAGCUUGGCUCCGGUAAGGUGACAAGUAACAAAAAUUCGGCAAAGCCUGCCGACGGUUCAUACUGCACAUUCGAGCUAAAGAACACCGGUAAAGCCGCAGUCCUCGCCACAAACCCUCAUCCACAAGACUUAUCUGAGUAUCUUGGGUCCGAUAUAUACCGUUUGAGUGCGACUAUUGAGGGUGAAGGUUGGAAGGUCGCUGUGCCCAAUGCGCUCGCAUACGCAAGUGCUGGCAAGCAAAAGACGGUUAGUCUCGCUGUCGGUUGCGAAAGCGGCUGCUCGAAAGAAGCCACUGUUACUCUUACCGCAACUAGCGAGACUGAUAAGACAGUCACUAAAUCCAAGGCUUGCAAGGUUCGCUUGUAG